AUGCCUGAGCUUCAGAGCUUUGCUCUGAAAUAUGAAGAGGCAUUGGUGGAUGAGCUGAGAAACGAUGGCAAGGGUGUGGGCAAGGGAGUGGACGGCACGGGCACAGGCACGCUGAUGGGGGAUGCCAGCGGGCAGGACGAGGGCAUGGAGGACCAGCGGGACGGGGGCAAGUGGCAGCGGCCGCGCAUCACACGCAAGUCCCUGAUGAAGUGUUGCCUCGUCAAAUGGAUCAUCGCCAGCGCCGCCCCACAGGGCCCAGAUGACUGCAGUGAGAGUGACCUGGAGCUGGCCACCGUCAGACACCAGCCGGAGGGACUGGACCAGCUGCAGGCCCAGACCAAGUUCACACGCAAGGAGCUGCAGUCGCUCUACAGAGGAUUCAAAAACGAAUGCCCAAGUGGUCUAGUAGACGAAGAAACCUUCAAGAUGAUAUACUCUCAGUUCUUUCCUCAAGGAGAUGCCACCACAUAUGCCCACUUUCUCUUCAAUGCUUUUGACAAUGACCGAAGUGGCUCCAUUCGCUUUGAGGACUUUGUAAUAGGUCUGUCGGUGCUACUGAGGGGCUCGGUGAAUGAGAAGUUGAGGUGGGCCUUCAACCUCUAUGACAUCAACAAAGAUGGCUACAUCACCAAAGAGGAGAUGUUGGCCAUCAUGAAGUCCAUUUAUGACAUGAUGGGCAGAUACACGAGUCCGAGUGUGAAGGAGGACGACCCGUUUGAGCACGUUGAGAAGUUCUUCCAGAAAAUGGACAGGAAUCGAGAUGGUGUGGUCACCUUCGAUGAGUUCAUUGAAACGUGCCAGAGGGAUGACAACAUCAUGAGUUCUAUGCAACUUUUUGAGAAUGUGAUCUGAAGUGAAGGCACGGUCGGUCGGUCACGCGGUCCCUCCCUGCCACAGCUGUGGUUGCUGAACCCCUGCCACCACCACCACCACCACGUCCCCUUCCACCACUCUCCUGCACUCCUCUCUCCUCUCUGCCUCCUCUGGAGCCACGCGCCGCCAUGUCUAUUUCUAGCCACUAGGUGGGGCCAUCUUCCACCACUAGGAGAGAUAUUGGACUUGAUUGGGGACCGUACUUUGAACUUUUAAAGGAAGACAAAACAAACAAACAAACAACAACAACAAAAACUGGGGGUGUUGCUUAGGUGACAUCACCCCUACUGUGAACUAUGGACAAGCAGAUUUAUAGUGGGGGAAAACUAUGGAUACUGAUGUCUUAUAUCUGAAAUGUUUUGCAUGCUUUGCCUGAAAUUUUGACAGGGAGUUUUAUGAGGAAGUGUAACGUCCUGACUUAUGCACUAUUUUAUCUUUGAAACACUAUGCUGUUUAUGGCGACUGCAUUGCUGCAUUUGGUGUUUUGGGGUUCGCCGAGCUUGAUUGAUUUCUGUUGCAUGAUACUGUGUCAAAGGUGAUCAAUUACAGUAUAGCACUUAGCCUACCAUGUUGAGGUACCCACAAAGAAGUUGUUUUUUGCCAUGUUCCUGAUUUCAAUGUAAUAUUUUUGGAGUAUGUGCA